AUGGCGAGUAACCGGAGCGCGGGCGCAGAGGCGCGGAAGGUCAUGGUGGUAGCGGACCCCACACGGGAGUCAGCGGGCGCGUUGCAGUACGCGCUGUCGCAUGCGGUGGUCGAGCAAGAUGAGUUGAUUCUUCUGCACGUUGAGAACCCUAGCACGUGGCGUAACACUAUUUCGACGUUCCUUAAGAUGCCUUCGUUGGGAAGCUCCACCACUGCGUCCCUUGACCUUGGCGGAGGGGGUGCUGCGGCUGAUGGAGAAGGUAUUGAUUUUCUGGAGGAGAUGAAGCACGCGUGCAGGGCUUCUCAGCCGAAAAUGAAAGUUCGUGCGGUGAGGGUUGAGAUGGAUGGAAAAGACAGAGCCUCCACCAUUCUUUCCCUCAGCAAAUCCUAUGGGGUGGAUGUCAUAGUUAUCGGCCAGAAACGCAGUAUUUCUUCUGCAAUAUUAGGAUAUAAUAAGCGACCUGCAGGAGGAUCAUUGAAAGGGGCGAAAGGCAUAGACACAGCAGAGUAUUUGAUUCAAAACAGCUCCUGCACCUGUGUUAGUGUACAGAGAAAAGGCCAAAAUGGAGGUUAUGUUCUCAAUUCCAAAACCCACAGAAAUUUCUGGCUCUUAGCCUAA